AUGGGAAAGAAAGGCAAACGCUCUUCUAAAGAGCCACGCAUCAAAACAGGUGAACACUUGCAAGCACCACCGUUGCUGUCCAAGCCACCUUCCACUGGAAAUAUUUCUACAAGCAAUGGCAAGGGCAUGGGCAGUAGCAACGACUCGUUAAUACCUCAGAAUAGUGGAGUGAGUGACAUAAGUGAUAUGGAUAGUGACGAUGAUAUCGAG